GGAAGAAGAAAGUGAGAAUUCUGAAAAUUUGCUUCAUUUAUAUAAUAAGAUCACCGAUGCCGAAAUUCGUAAGGAGAUCGCCAAUCGAGAAGUUAUAAGAUCAUAUUAUUUGUUCGGAAAAGUUCUAUUUCAACGUUUCAAAUAUUAUUCUGACGAAUCUUCCAAUGUACACCAAGCUCAAAUGAGGGUUAAUGAAGAACUCGAAAAACAACUACCCGGUACUACUAAGAAUGCCCGUAAUAAAAGAAAAGAAAGAGCCCAGAAAAUUUAUUCUUUCUUUAAUGAUAUUGGUAUCGAAAAAAUAGAAUUAGUAAAAUCUUUUUCUGCUGACUCUAUUUCGAAGUUAAGCAUAAAGAAAAUCAAUUAUAUAAAAGACGAAAUUAUGAAAACUCAAAACACGUGA